CAUGUAUCCGCACUGUGAGUAUACACAUGUUGUCUAAUGUAUGUAGAGGAAUAUAAACGAGAUAAAACUGCGAUAUGAAAACUGGACAGGUCAUACAGCUAGCUCGUUAAAGAUACUGUUAGAAGAUGUUGAGUGAUUCUGAGGCUGCAGAGCUGCUCUCCUUCCUAACCCCCGAUACACGUCCUGAUGUCAAAGGUCACACCACAGGCUACAUCCUGGGGAUGUCUGGACACAGGGAUGGCUGCCGCUUCCUCCGCUCUAAAUCGGACUUACUUGUGGCCCUGUUUGCUCUGACGUCCGACCCCUCUAUUGCUAUCGUGAAGGACUGUUACCACAUCUUCAUCAACCUGUCAGCCGAUGAGACUCUGCACCAGGUUUUGCUGGCCGAAGUCAAGGUUCUUCCGGUGUUGUUGAAAAGGGUUCUGGAUCCAGAGUACCUGUUCUCUGAUCAGAUCUGCACCAUCCUGUCCAACCUGACCCGCCAUGUGAAGACCUGCAAGACCGUGUUCCAGGUCCUCCAGGAGGAGGAGGUUGGUCUGGCUCAGCUGGUGGAGAUCUUCUGCACUGAAGGUUACAACAAGAAGGCUAAUUUCAACUACCUGAGUCCUCUGCUGUCCAACCUGACACAGCUGCCCGAGGCCAGAAACUACAUUAUGGACAAGGACAGGUGUGUAAUCCAGAGGUUGCUUCCCUUCACUCAGUACCAGGCAUCAGCGGUGAGGAGGGGUGGAGUCGUAGGGACCCUGCGCAACUGUUGCUUUGACCACGCCCAUCAUGAGUGGUUGCUAAGCGACGCUGUGGACAUCCUGCCCUUCCUCCUGCUGCCGCUGGCCGGUCCAGAAGAGCUGACGGAGAAAGAAAAUGAGGGUCUCCCUGUGGACCUGCAGUACCUCCCCGAGGACAAGAAGAGGGAAGAAGACCCCGACAUCAGAAAGAUGCUGCUGGAAACCCUUUUACUGCUGACAGCCACCGGAGCCGGCCGGAACACACUGAAAGAGAAGAACGUUUAUUACAUCAUGAGAGAGUUCCACCGCUGGGAGAAGGACGUCCACGUCACAGCAGCCUGUGAGAAACUGGUCGAGGUGCUGAUAGGAGACGAGCCGGAGCAGGGGAUGGAGAACCUGUUGGAGGUGGAGAUUCCUGAGGACGUGGAGGUGAAACUGAAGGAGGCAGACAUCAAAGAACAGCAGGAGCUGGAGAAAGAGCAGGAGAGGAUGAGACAGGAGGAGAAGGAGGAGGAGGAGGAGGAGAAGAAGAAGAGGGAUGCAGAGGGGGAAGACAAAGAACAGGAGAGUGGACUGAUACGAUAAAGCCUGUUUUUAGACCUGGCUUCAUGGACUAUCUGUUGGAGUAACCGCUUUUUGUCAGUCAGACAGUUAAACGUUCAUUACGGCUUUAUUCGGACAUGACAGGACGUUUACAGAAAGAGCCACGAUGCUCGGUGAUAUCGGUCAGCUGGUCCAUCGCUGCUGGAGAACCGCGCUGAGUUGAAAAGUGAGUAACAACAUAAAAGAAGAGGGGUGUUUUCAGUUUUUUCACAGGCUGCACCAGAAAUGGAUUUUAAAACAUAUUUUGUUGUUGACUGACUAAUUAACUAAUGUUGUGAGCGUAAGGAAUACUCUCCAUUGAUACAUUUUAUCAUCAUCAUCAUCAUCAUCAUCAUCAAAUGUUACUGAAUGUAAUUGCUAUUUAAAUUUUGUUUUCCUCCUCUGUCCCAAACAAAUAUUUUAGGAAAGGAUCUGACAUCAGAAGAAGUCUUAACAACUUAAAAGUGACUCAUUAAACUGAGUUUAUUAUUUUAUUUAUUAUUAUUAUUAUUUUUUUUUUUACAGUGGUCAGAAAAGGCGGAACCAUUAACUUUAAUGUAGAAUUGACUUCUUCUGAUAUUAGACAAUAUGUAAAAUUGCCAAUAGGGAUGCACGGAUCCGAUACUGAUAUCGUGCCGAUACUGACUCAAAUAGCCGGAUUGGUGCCGGUGACAAUGGGGCUGAUCUAUUAAAUUCUAUGUUUAUAUUCUAUAUAUAUAUAUAUUAUAUACUGGAAUUUAAAUUCCUGUUAAAGUUUUGAUCAAUCUGUUGCUGCAUUUAAAAGGUUUACACAAAAAUUGUAAUUCCUGUUAAUUUUGACGAUUGUUCACCAAGUUGCUGGUGCACCGUGCACGAUUUAUUAUUUCAAUAAUAAAUAACAAAUCAGUACAUUCAUAGCUGUAUUUGUUUCUUAGAUUUUGUUUUACAAAGCUAGGAAAGCAAUGUUUGAGUCAAGCCUGAUGUUACCAUCAGCCAUUGGUAGUUAUCCCCCGAUGGCCGCUGUCGUCCCGGCGGGGAGUGAAGCACAGAGACCGUAGUAGGCUCUGGGCUGCCUCUGCUGAUUGAUUGAUUGAUUCAUUCAUUCAUUCAUUCAUUCAUUGUAUGUAUCAUAGGAACGGUUUGUAUAUCUGGUUCCCCUUUUUGAAUGAACGCCGCCUGCUGGCAUGGAGAGUUACUUCCUCUCACGCAGGCACGGAACGGAUGUACUAGUUGGCCGUCGAUUGUAGUCUUUGCGGUGUUAAGCGCAACUUUUUGGCCAAAACCCAGGCAACGCCACAGUGGGCCAUCAUCGCCACUAGGGCUUUGCGGUCUGCCUAGUGUGUAAGCACCUUUUACACAAACUGUAAAAGAAUGAUCCCAGUCACUUCCACACAGUGAGCUUAUGAAAUAAACCCAUGCACGAUAUCAGGAAAAUAUCUAAUUGCGAUUAUUUUAUAAUACUUUUGGUAUCAUUCAUUUUCAUUGAAAAAUAUUAUAGUGUGAUUUUUUUGUUUUUGUUUUUAUUUUGCGAGGAUCUGUACCAAACAAAGAUGUUUUCUUUAGUCUGUAGGAUACGAUUGGUAUGCUAGGACGUCUCUGCAGCACCACAAUACUUACAUUCAGAAUGGGUUGACACAUCGUUUGCCUUUUACAAAUAUUGUGCCCCCAAUUUGAAUAUUGCACUAGUCCAAUAGCGGUUAAUUUUGCAGCCCUAGUAUAGAAUCAGUAAUCUGUAUCGUCCGACACCCAAAGCUCGUGAUGGGGUGCGUUCUGGCCUGCUGUAGGAUAUCUCACCAUCUGGAUGGGUUGUCAGACUGUUCACUCCUUAACACCCAGUUUCCCUUAAGUUCCACUUUAAGUAGGUUUAAGGUUGAAAUGCAGUCUGACAGUAUUAUAUACUGUAUAUUGUGUAUCAUGAUGAUGUUCCAACUCUUUACUGAAGCUGUUUGAUGUUAACACUUGAGUGAAAUAUUCAAACCCAGGACACCUUUCCCUCAAAUAGAAAUAUUCUACACGCCUGCUGCAUCACAUGCGUGGAAACUUUGAGAUCUCCACAAGAAUUUAAAAUAAAGUUCUGUCAGUUUGAACUAUGUUUGGCUGCACAGUGUGAGUUUCUAAUGAACAUUACAUUAACAUUGUAAUAAAACGGCUGUUUCUGAUGAACAUUA